AGCGACGGAACAGUGAGACUACUUCCGCUAAUAACAAAACUGCUAGCCCGAAUGGAUCUGAAGUGUUUUGUUUGUUCUUAGCUUUAGCGCGCAUCUAAAAACGGACCAUAUGUUAGUGGAUUACCCUGAAGACCCACAUAUAAGUAUUUUACAACUGACCCAAUGUGUAGCUGCCUGAACUGCUGAACGCUAUAAAACAAUCCACCUGCUGUUAGCUUACAUGCUAACGCAGCGGUUGCUUUAGCACGUCGGUUGAUAUUAGUUCGUUGUUAUCCGUUAUAAACAUGACCUGAGACUGACGGUCACUCAGAUCGAAAGUUGUAACCAUUUAUAGACGCAUCUGAUUUCCACACCAGACAGCUUUCUGACCAGAUUUUACACACUCUACAGAUUAGCAAAAAUGAAGAUGUUUUCAGUAGCACACAAGACGGUCUUCGUGGUGGACCACUGUCCCUACAUGGCCGAGUCCAGUCGUCAGCAGGUGGAGUGUGACGUGCUAACGAAGAGCCGAGCGCAAGGGGUCAUUCCUCUGGCCCCCGUGUCCAAGUCCCUGUGGACCUGCGCCGUGGAGUGCUCCAUGGAGUACUGCAGGAUCCUCUUCGAUGUUUACCCAAAGGACAAGCUGGUGAAUUACAUUGUGAGUGACUCAGAGUUCCACAUAUUAAACACAUGGAGGCGAGAAGAUCAGAGCACCCAUGAACUAAUGUCGGCUCUGGCAGCUGUCGGGCCGCCAAAUCCACGCGAGGACCCGGAAUGCUGCAGCAUCUUGCACGGCCUGGUCGCUGCCGUGGAGGCGCUGUGCAAGAUCACGGAGCUGCAGCAUGAGAAGCGCACGGCUUUAAUGGACACAGCGGAGAGAGUGGCCAACAGAGGGCGAAUUAUCUGCUUAACUAACGCUAAAAGUGAUACUCAUGUGCGGAUGUUGGAGGACUGCAUCCAGGAAACCAUUUCAGAACAAAACAAGCUGGCAGCAGGCUCCGACAGGUUGAUGGCCAUCCAGCAGUGUGAUCUGGUUCUAGUUCACAUCUACCCACAGGGGGAGGAAACACUGGUGUCGGACCGACCCAAGAAAGAGAUCUCCCCGCUGCUCACUAGUGAAGUUUACAGCGUGCGUGCUGGGAGACAUCUGGCUUCUAAACUCAACAUUCUGGUCCAGCAGCACUUUGACUUGGCCUCCACCACCAUAACAAACAUCCCCAUGAAGGAGGAGCAGCAUGCCAACACAUCAGCGAAUUAUGACGUGGAGCUCCUGCAUCACCGAGACGCACACAUUGAGUUCUUUAAAAGCGGGGACUUGCACAUGGCGGGAACAAGCACUAGAGAAAACGGAGUGAAAGAGACGAUGACGCUGAAAUGGUGCACACCCCGGACGAACAGCAUCGAACUGCAUUACUGCACAGGAGCCUACCGCAUCUCCCCUACAGACGUAAACAGUCGUCCAUCGUCAUGCCUGACAAACUUUCUUCUUAACGGGAGGUCAGUGUUACUAGAGCAGCCUAGAAAGUCGGGGUCAAAGGUCAUCAGCCACAUGCUCAGCAGCCACGGAGGCGAGAUCUUCCUGCAUGUCCUCAACAGCAACCGCUCCACCCUGGAGGACCCGCCCUCCAUCAGCGAGGGCUGCGGCGGCCGAGUGACGGACUACAGAAUCACCGACUUUGGUGAAUUUAUGAGGGACAACCGGCUCACCCCUGUGGCGGAGUCUUCUCAUGAUCCGUCAGGGAAACUGCCGGUAGAACGGGCCAAAGCUCAGCUGGAACGUUACACCAGAUACUGGCCAAUGAUCAUCUCCCAGACUACCAUCUUCAACAUGCAGGCGGUGGUGCCGUUGGCUAACCUCAUAGUGAAAGAGGUUCUCACUGAGGAGGACUUGCUAACCUGCCAGAAAACCAUCUACAACCUGGUUGACAUGGAGAGGAAGAACGACCCGCUCCCCAUUUCUACAGUCGGAUCCAGAGGCAAAGGCCCCAAGAGGGAUGAGCAGUACCGCAUCAUGUGGAACGAGCUGGAAACGCUGGUGAAGACGCACGCCGGCGCCACCGACAGGCACCAAAGAGUUCUGGACUGCAUCGUCGCCUGCCGCAGCAAACCUCCAGAGGAAGAGGAGAGGAAGAAGAGAGGGAGGAAGAGGGAAGAGAGGGAGGACAGGACAGAGAAAAAUGGCAGCAAAGAGGCAGAAGAUAAAAGCUGGCAGGAAUCUGAAAGACUAAAGGGUUUGCUGGAGAAGGAGGAUCAGGAAUCCGAAGUGAUCAAAGAUUCCCCGGACUCACCGGAGCCGCUCAACAAGAAGCCUCGCCUGAUCUCAGAGGACGUUCAGCCUCCAGAGAGAGCAAAAGGUCCUGCCACACUCCUCAGCAUGUGGACCAAUCGGAUCACUGUGGCCAAUUCUAGGAAGCACCAGGAGUUUUUUGGAAGAGCAAGCUCGGUGAACAGCAAGUUCGAGUUGUACCAGCACCUGAAGGAGGAGAACGGGAUGGAUGCCCAUGAAAAUGGAAAAGCUACCAGAUGAUCGUCCAGUUGAUCCGUUUCUCUGGCGAAGACUCUGACGUUCUCCAAUACAGACAAUAACUGAAUUGGAUGGUGAAUUGUAACAAUAAAUUUCAAAUUUUUUACGCAUCAUUUUGUAGAUAUGGUCUUUACAUACGGUAUUAUUCAAUAAAAGCUGUCUGUAGGAAA